AUAUGCUGUUACAGGUGCUGGAAUAUACGCCUGGGUCAGUUUCUGUUUUGCAGAAGAUGUGGAUAUGUGCAAAAGAGGAACUGCGAGCGGACCGAACAUCACUCUACAAAUAGAGAUGACUUCACUGACCUGUAGAUGUUGCUGCCAUCUACACUUUUAUACAAACAGGCCAGUGUGGAGAAACAUGACUGUGGACUGUGGAAUAAUGGUCGUUAAUUAUAUCAUCAUUCUUUGACAAAGACUGCAAUGGAAGAAACGUUCCCUUUUCUAUGGUUAUCGAUCAGAAUGAAACAGAUCUGUGUGUGUUUCGGAAAGAAGGUUAUGAACAGAGUCACCGUCUUCAAGGCCAGAUAGUGAUAAAGCAAGCAGCAGGCAUAGACGUGAACUGCAGUGAGCCAGUAUUAGUGGGCCCAAGCACCUCAUCGACGCCAGAAAACAAAGAACAACUAUGGAUCAUUAUAUCAUGCGUGACUGGAGGAGUGGCGCUGAUCACCAUAGCGAUAUGUGGCUUGUGUAUUUGCAGAAGGCGAAGACACACAUCCCAGGGUAUUCAAGGUAAAGCAGACACAGGUCCUGUGGAGGAUAGAGAUGAACUGGUUAUGGUCGACAACGUUCUGUACUCAUCAGUUGGUUUUGUCAACGCAACGCAGCACAAGACAAGAGUAAACGGGGUAGAAGAAACCGUAAAUUGA